UUUGUAACUGAACAUCAGAACUCGUUACAGUGGAACAGCAAAGCACCGAGGGUGAAAUUGUGCCGAAUAUUUGCUUAAAGGAGGUUUUAAUAUUUUAAAAUGAGUACCAAAAUCAUUGUUGCCAGUCUUGCUUUGUGCCUGCUUUACACUACUCUUACUCAAGCUAUGACACUGUCAGGAACAGGGCUGAAGCCAAACUGUCAGUGUCUGGAAACUGUCUCUACAUUCAUCCAUCCUCGAUUUCGUCAAAACGUGGAGCUUAAUUAUGAAUGUGAAAGUGUAGAGGUUAUAAUCAAUCUUACAACAGAAACACGUGUGUGUGUGGAUCCCUCUGCAAAAUGGGUAAAAAGGAUGAUCCAGAAUAUAUCAGAAUAGAAUAUCAGG